AUGGAUCAUGCGCAGAGAACUCGGAGCCGUCGAGAGGAGACUCGUUCGCCGUCGCCCAUCGACUCGUCCACGGACGAAUUGGCUGCGGCCUCGGAUCAUGAGGAAGCGCAGCGCCGCCGCCAAAGCUGGUCGCACUCGAAGAAUUUCACCCCGCGACGCGCCAAUCCCAAGAAACGCCGUUUCGAUGACUCUGAGAGCCCCGAUGAACUGACUGUUGACCCGGAGGAAUACUGGAGCGCAUCGCAUAAUCGCCGCAGCCCUUCGCCUAUCAAUCGCCCCACCCCCACGGAGGGCAGCCACGAAGACCGCUCUGGGGAGUCUGAUGAGUAUGCCGAUAACCGUGUCCGGAAUGAUAUGAACGACGAUCGAUCUGAUACACCUGUCCCAACUGCUGGGGCUGCCCCGCCGCCUCCCCCGCCCAAGCCCGACCAUCUGAACUACAAAGAGAAAUAUGCGCUCAAAGCGCAUCUUCGUGGUAUUUCGACAGUGCAGUUCUCGCCGGACUGUACCAUGAUUGCAAGUGGAGGCUCAGAUGCAGUGAUCAAGGUCUGGGAUACCUUGACGGGCAAUCUCAUCUACACAUUUGAAGGCCACCUAGCGGGUAUCUCUACACUGGCCUGGAGCCCAGACGGUCAGUGGAUUGCCUCUGGCUCUGAUGACAAGACAAUCCGACUUUGGAACGUUAGUACGGGCCGAGCUCACACUAAAUCUUUCAUUGGCCACCACAACUACGUUUACCAAAUUGCCUUCGCUCCCAAGGGUAAUAUCCUCGUCAGCGGGUCCUAUGAUGAAGCCGUGUUCAUUUGGGAUGUCCGACGUGCGCGUGUCAUGCGCUCUCUCCCUGCGCACUCCGACCCCGUUGCCGGCAUUGACGUCGUCCACGAUGGAACCUUGAUCGUCUCCUGUGCCCAUGACGGUCUAGUCCGUGUCUGGGAUACCCACAGCGGCCAAUGCCUGCGCACUCUUGUUGUCGAAGAUAACCCAGCUGCUACGUGUGUCAAGUUUUCACCCAACGGCAAGUACAUUCUGGCCUGGACGCUGGACGGCUGUGUGCGCAUGUGGAACUAUGUCGAGAGCCGUGUUGUGAAGACUUUCCAAGGCCACGUCAAUAACAAGUACAGUCUCUCUGGGUGCUUUGGAAUGUACGGCUCGCCCGAGGUCAGAUACUCGACUCCUCCCUGCUUUGCUGUCAGCGGGAGUGAAGACGGUGACAUUCUCUGCUGGGACCUCGUUGGCAAGAACAUUCUGCAACGUAUCAAGGGACACACUGAUGCCGUGCUGUGUGUGCAUACUGGUAAGCUGAACGGUAAGCGCUUGAUGGUUAGCUGCGGCCUUGACCUGACCGUGCGACUGUGGGAGGAGGUUCCUGAGGAUACACACGAGGAAAUCCCUCAGUCUAUUCCCAACACUGAUGGUGAUCAAGCAAUGGCUGAUGCCUCGCUCGACCCGUCAGCUGAGAUUACCCCUGCGCAAGAUGUGAUGAUGACAUGA